CAUACACAGGUUUACCUACAUGAGCGGAGCGGUUAACUUACACAGCCAUCGUCUUUGUGUGCAUUAAUGAUGAUUAUUGAUUAGACAUAGCCAACGAUAGUGCUAUUACCUAUAGAGUGUUUACACUUUCAUUCUCUAACUACGACCGUCGACAGACUGUGCGGUGUGAAGAAGCAAAUAUGAUCAUUAGGAAUGUAAGGGACCAUGGCCAGCGUUACAGACCGCGUAUCGCAUGCCUGAAGAAGAUCGAGGCUGUGGUGUUGGAGAUGCAGGACCCCAAGACUGGUGUGAAAUCUCAGACCCAGAGGCUUGUUAUCACCACCAUCCCACAUGCCAUAACAGGGGAAGACAUUGUUGCAUGGAUUGCUAAUCGAUUCAAAAUUGAUGCCUUGGAGGCCAGAGCUAUGGGUACCAUGAUGGUGGCUUUUGGGUACAUCUAUCCACUACAGGAUCAUAAAAGACUUAUCCUUAAACCAGACACAUCUCUGUAUCGCUUUCAGACACCAUAUUUUUGGCCUGCACAGCAAUGGCCAGUUGAGGACACAGACUUUGCUAUUUAUUUGGCAAAGAGAAAUAUACGCAAGAAAGGGAUGUUGGAGCUAUAUGAACAGGAACAGUACAACAACCUUUACAAAUGGAUGAAUCACAAGUGGGAUUUUAUUGUAAUGCAGGCCAAAGAGCAGUACAGGGCGGGAAAGGAGAGGAAGAAGCCAGAUCGAGUGGUUUUUGACUGUCAGGAACGGGCCUACUGGGUUGUACAUCGACCACCACCAGGGACAGUUAGUGCCAUGGACUAUGGACACGACAGGAUGGUCGACCCCAAUGUGGAGGAGAAAGAAACAUAUGACUACUACAGAAGAAUUAUUAUGUUCACUCAGCAGUGUAUUAUGAGGCCAAGGGUGAAGUCAUCUGUAUCAAUUGGAGCACUUGUGAAGUACACGGCAACAUACAAAGAGCACGACCCCUUUCUCCAUGCCUGCCUCCCAAGCAACCCCUGGUUAACAGAUGAUGUUACAUAUUGGACCAUCAACAUGCCAAAUGUUGAGAUCCCCACUAGAAUGAGGGUGGAACGCUGGACUUUCAGUUUUGGAGAAUUGCUUUCUGAUUCUCGAGGAAGGGCUGAUUUCCGUCUCUUCCUUAAGAAGGAGUUCAGUGGUGAGAAUCUUGCCUUCUGGGAAGCGUGUGAGGAUCUGAAAUGGGGUGCUGCAGAGACAAUGAAAGAAAAAGCUCAGCAGAUCUAUAAGACCUUUUUGGCUCGUGGGGCUCCUCGAUGGAUCAACAUUGAUGGCAAAACCAUGGACAUAACAGUCAAGGGUUUGGCACACCCUCAUCGCUAUGUUUUGGAUGCUGCCCAGACUCAUAUUUACAUGCUCAUGAAAAAGGACUCAUACGGACGAUAUCUUAAGUCCCCAGUGUUCAAGGAGACUCAGAGGAGGGCCAUUGCUCCUGAGGCACACAGAUUUAGUGAGGUCCAGUUGGAGCAGAAUGCCAAGAGACGGCGGCCCAGCCUGAGUCCCAUCGUUCUGAAACAGCAGGAGGAGGAACAGAAGAAAAAACUCGCAGCAAGUGGCCCGGUGGACAUUACACAGCUCUGCCGGUUCACAGCCCCUGUGCCUCACCUAGCAGUGUAUACAGGUAUUUGUGAAGCCCAGUCCACUGCCUCCCCUGGCCUCAUGACCCUUCCCAACAGUGCUGCCUGUCCCUCUCCCAUCAGUGUGGCAAUCGACAGUACUCCAGCCUCAGAAAGGAGGUUUGAUGGCAAUGGAGGGCCUUCUUCCUCCCAUUUCCCAUCCAUUGCAGAGGCAUCAGUAUCAGAGGAAGAGAACCAGCCACCUGCCCCUAAGUCUCGUGUAGCUCUGUCACUAAGCAGACUCCUCCGCAGAGGAUGCAAUGCCCAAUCUGUCUUUGCCAGCCUUUCCCCAAAAUGUGCAGUGACUUCAGGGGGAGGGAAAGUCCAGCCACUUGGAGUGGAGCCGCUUGCACAACCCAGAAGAAUUGCAAACUUUUUUCAAAUCAAAGUUGACAUCCCACCCGAAUGCCGGAUCUACCCCAUUGAUUCAGACGAUGAGGAGGACGACAAUCCUGAUACAGUGCGAGGAGGUGUCAAAGAAAUCAUCUGUCCAUGGGAAACAGUCACCAAACAAGAUGGGGCUGGGUAGAAAAUUCAUAGAAGAGUCAUUGGAGAGGAAGGAAGUACAGUGAACCAACACUUGUGUCAUAAAUAUUUUGUCUUACAAGCCCGAGAAGGCUGUGGUUAGUAAUGUAUGAAGCAACCUCAUUUCUAAUUGACUUGUCUGUAAUUUCUGAUAGCUUUUAGGUAGUGCCUACAUGUUAUUGUAGCCAGUGGAAUGACUUGGUUAUAAUAUGUUUAAAUAUUGGUUUUAUAUAUAUAAAUUCUUAUUCUGAUGCCAGCUCUAUUGUCACUGUUGUUUUAUGACAAGAAGGGGCCUUAUUUUGAGAUACGUGGGUUUUUUUUUAUUUUUUAUUAUUAUUUAUUUAGUGGUGGAAACAACGAUUUUGUACUUGGCUUGUUCACUGUUUUAUACAGCUACAAAACAUGCAUAAAUGUGAACUGCUUGGAGAAUGUUAUUUUCAUUGAAGUUAGACUAGUAAGGCAGUAAAACAGAAUGUGGAUGCACAUUUGCUGUCUUGAAUGUAUUGCCUUUAAAAUGUUUACAGUUCACUUCAGAAUGUGAAUUUGUUCGUUCCUCAUGGUAAACUUGUGUAA